AGCAUCAACACAGCCAAGCACAUGACCGAAGGAGAAGAUCAGGAUCAGGAACAAAGGCGGAAAGAAAUUACGAAGAUACGGAAUGAGAAGCGUUUGGUUUAAAGACCAGUCGGAAAAGUAAUAAGUGGAACCGACAUAGUCGCUUAGCAGAGUUGUCAAACCGUUAUUCAUCUUAAGUUUAGAAUAGACAGGAUCAACUCCAGUGCCCUUGGAUGCAGUAGCCUAGCCUAUUUAUACAUAUAUUGCAAAUGCACAUGCCUAUGUUUAUUCCUUAAAGUGGAUGCAACCAUUUGGCCACUGUAAUAACUUAAUUUCUUACCACAUUUUAGUUGCUGCAAUGUUCUGACAAACAGAGAAAAAGUCGGACCGAAAGAUAGGCUAAGUAGGCUAUAGGGAAAGCAAUCGGGAGCACAAAUUCGUAACUUUAUUACUUGACGUCGACCAAAGAAUGGCGCUCGCCGAGUUGCUGCUCGUAUUCGCAUGCUGGUUGUGCGUUCACGGGGCUGCACCCAGACAAGAAGUCAAAGCAGAGUCAUGGCUGCAGCAGUAUGGGUACCUGCCGCCGGGAGACUUGCGCACGCACACCGCACGCUCACCAAACUCCAUCACUUCCGCCAUCUCUGCCAUGCAGAGGUUCUACGGCCUGAAGGUCACCGGUACAAUCGACCCCAGUACCCUCGAGGCGAUGAAAAGGCCACGCUGUGGUGUCCCAGAUAAGUUCGGUGCGGAGCUGAAGACCAACCUGAGGAAGAAGCGCUAUGCUAUCCAGGGACUGAAGUGGGAAAAGAACGAAAUCACAUUCUGUAUACAGAACUACACUCCCAAAGUGGGCGAGUAUGAGACCCACGAAGCCAUACGGAAAGCCUUCAAAGUCUGGGAGCGCGUGACCCCGCUAAAGUUCCGCGAGAUCCCCUACAGCCACAUACGGGACAAGGUCGAGAACUUCGCCGACAUCAUGCUCUUCUUUGGCGAGGGUUUCCACGGCGACAGCAGCCCCUUUGAUGGCGAAGGCGGCUUUUUGGCUCACGCCUACUUCCCUGGUGCAGGCAUCGGAGGGGACACACACUUCGACGCAGCUGAGCCCUGGACUAUUGGCAACCGGGACCUUUUAGGUAAUGACGUGUUCCUGGUGUCCGUGCACGAACUGGGCCAUGCCCUCGGUCUGGAACAUUCCAACGACCCCUCCGCCAUCAUGGCCCCGUUCUACCAGUGGAUGGACACAGACAACUUUGAGCUGCCCGAAGAUGAUCGGCGCGGAAUUCAGCAGCUCUAUGGGUCAGGCUCUGGGGGUCACCCACGCCACCCCAUCACCCCGCGCACACCCCACCAUACACCCCGGCCCACUCACAGACCUGGAGGCCCCCGUUACGGCCCUGAUGUCUGUGAGGGCCACUUCGACACCAUGGCCAUCCUCAGAGGGGAGAUGUUUGUCUUUAGGGAUAAGUGGUUCUGGCGAGUACGUAACAACAGAGUCCUCGAUGGAUACCCCAUGCCCAUUGGGCACUUCUGGCGUGGUUUGCCUUCAAACAUUAAUUCUGCAUAUGAAAGGGAAGAUGGGAAAUUUGUUUUCUUCAAAGGGGAUAAGUAUUGGGUAUUCGCCGAGUCUAACUUGGAGCAUGGCUACCCUAAGACCCUGAAGGAGAUGGGCAGUGGACUCCCCAAGGACAAACUCGAUGCUGCCCUCUUGUACACGCCAACUGGCAUGACCUACUUCUUCCGAGGAAACAAAUAUUAUCGCUUUAAUGAGGACACACGCUCUGUGGACCCCGACUAUCCCAAGCCCGUCAGCGUCUGGCAGGGAGUGCCCGACAAUCCUAAAGCCGCUUUCAUGAGCAGGGACCAAGGUUACACCUACUUCUACAAGGCCAACAAAUACUGGAAGUUCAACAACCAGCAGAUGCGUGUGGAGCCUGGCUACCCCAAGUCUGCUCUGCGGGACUGGAUGGGCUGCCCUGAAGAGGACCCCAAGACGGGCGGUGGUGGCGACGAUGGCCACAGGCCCAACCCCAACCCCAACCCCAACCCUGACAUCCCGGAUUACGGCACGCCCGACGAGACAGACGACACGCACCGGACGACGGACAAGGAGACAAAGACGAAGGAGGAGACGGAGGUGAUCAUCAUCGAGGUGAAGGAGGAGGGCGGCAUUGGCGCAGGGGCCGGGGCAGCGGCAGUGGUGGUGCCUCUCAUGCUGCUGGUGUGCGUCAUCUUCACACUGGGAGUGCUGCUCUUCUUCCGUAGGAACGGCUACCCUCGACGCCUGCUCUACUGCCAACGUUCCCUCUUGGACAAGGUCUAAACGAACUGGGGAGUGAGGGGGAGAGAGAGAGAGAGAGAGAGAGAGAGAGAGAAGGUAGAGAUAACAGAGUAGGGAGGAGGAAAGAGAGGUUUAAGAGGAAGGGAGAGAGAGAAAAAGAGAAGAGCGGAGGAGUGAGAGCUUGAUUGAGAAGAGGGGGAAAGGAAACAGAGGAUCAAUGCUUGUGGUGAUAAUGUAGAUAGAAAAUGUAACUAUUAAACCCAAUCGGAAUCACAGUAAAGGGAGCCAGACAUGGCUAUGCAUCACUACCAACACGCUCUGCACAGAAUCACAGCCUCACGCCGAAACUAUUCAACAAGAAGAACAAAAUAACAAACUCUUAUCAAAAGUAUCGAAGACAUCAAUAUUCAGCUCUUAAUGUUGGGCUUUUCCAUUGUACCCAAUGGACUCCUGUCAUGCUAAUCCUGCCUCUGCUAAGGUUACAGGCAGAUGAUCUCCCUCCAUCCUCUCCCCCUCUUCAUCUGUCUCGCUCUCCUCCUCUCUGGCGGUCUUUGACCUCUCUGAGUGUGUAGUUGACGCCAGCUGAUCGCUGUUUGUUUAGCCUUUUUUAUAGUUGUUGUUGUUUGUUUGUUUUUCAUUGUGAACUGUAUCCAUGACUACAAGCCCACAGUCAUCAGUCUCCAGUAUUACAAGCAUGUUGUACGAAGGGGGAAUUUGAAUCAAAAUGGAGACAGUCUCCUUGCAUGGUAAACACCAUGGACAAAGCCAAAUGUUUUGCAUUGGGUCUUCAGGCCUCAUUUGUUGCACAUUUCAUAUUGAGUUACACAAUGGACACACACACACACACACACACACACACACACACAUUCACAUACAUAGAAAUACAUUCACAGGGCAAUGUGUGUCCUGUAAGACAUUCAAAAAGCAAAGAAUCCAGAGCCAGUAUUGUGUUUUUUUUUAAGUUCCUGCCCCAGCCCAUGGUCUUUCUACACUAAAUGCUGAAAUGUUUGUCCUGUGUCCUGUACUACCCCAUAAUAUUGUACUGUAAUGUUUAUGGCUAAUGACUAUUAUAAUUAUAAAUGAUAAUGUCAUUAUUGUUAUGACUAUUAUUAUUAUUGUUGUUGUUCUCCUUUGUAAAGACUGUUGUUUUAACAUUGCAAUUAAAUGUCCUGCUGGACAGGCAAUUAUGAAGUGGCCUUUAUUUUGGGAAGUGAAGGGAGGGGGGAAUGUUUUGAAAUCUGUUUUUUUACAUCUCAAAAAUAAAUUGAAAAUAUGAAAGUAAC